AUGGACCGCCCAACACGAUGGGCCGGCGCCCGACUGCGCUUUCUACCAGUGGGCUCCUCCAAACUCGACACCAUCAUCACUGGCCACUUGACCCAGGAACAGAUCGACGCAUACCAGCAGAUUUUCCGCAUCGAAGAGAUCUCCGGGAUUCUUCGCCGUGUGCGUCCCGGAACCUCUGUCGAAGCAACGCUUCCUUCGGCCAAAGUGCCAAAUUUCCGCCGUGAUCCUUCGCCGCCGCCGCAAUAUGACCAUAUGGGCAACAGAACAAACACGCGGCACGCUCGUCUUAUGGCGUCGCUUGAAAAAGAAAGACACACGCUUGUGGAAAACGCCGUUCGGUCUGUUCGGCUCUACGACCCGCCAGUGGACUACAAGCGGCCCGGAAGAACCUCGGAAAAACUCUACAUCCCCACGGGCGAACAUCCAGAUAUCAACUUUGUGGGGCUUCUUCUCGGGCCCAGAGGCAACACCUUGCGGCAAUUGCAAGAGGAAAGUGGUGCAAAGUUGGCCAUCCGGGGAAAGGGCUCGGUCAAGGACGGCAAACUGAGCGAUGCCCUGGCACUGGAACCGUUGCAUGUUGUGAUUUCGGCGGACUCGUCAGCAAAAAUCGCCACGGCGCUCCGCUUGACCCAGCAGGUGAUUGAUAAGGCCAUCCAGUCUCCCGAGGGCCAAAACGACUUGAAGCGGGACCAGCUUCGCGAGUUGGCGGUGCUUAACGGAACGCUCCGUGAAACACGGCCUUUCGUUCCUCCAGAACAGCCGAAACGUGAUAUCACCAGCAUUGUUUGCCGAGUUUGCGGCGGUGUGGGCCACUUUUCUCGUGAUUGCAAGGUUGCCCGAGAAAACAGGGGCAGAGAUUCGUACACGCCGCUGCCGGCGCCCGAGCUUCCGCCUUGGAAACGCCAAAAGAGAGAACCAGAAUCGCCGGGUCUGCUUCUGUCGCCGCAAACGCCUGUGGCCAUUCCGCCUGGCAUGGUUCCCGGUGUGGGGACGGCUCCAACGAAUCCUCCGCCGGGAUUUCCUCUGCAACCGUCUGGAAAGUCUACUUCUCCGCCUGGAACGUCUAUUCCUCCACCGCCUGGAUUUUCUCUCCCGCCUCCACCUGGAACGUCUUUCCCUCCGCCGCCUGGAAACCUUCCUCCGCCGCCUGGAAAUCUUCCUCCUCCACCGGGCUCUUUUCCUCCACCGGGCUCAUUUCCUCCUCCGCCGGCUUCUUUCCCUCCUCCGCCUGGAACGUCCGUUCCUCCUCCGCCUACGGUUUCUGUUCCACCUCCACCUAAACCGGAUCUUUCCAAGAGUCCACCUCCUCCACCCCAACCGCAGGCUCCUCCACCAAAGACGCAGGCUCCUCCACCGCCCGAAUAA